GGCCGCGCCCGAUUUGUCGGCGGGGUAUCGAUGGGGGCGCGUUGCUUCCACCGGGCCCAUUGGCCGGCCGGUCUCGCGAGUCUGCGCCAGGCAACGAAGCGAAGCCGCCUGCGCGACGGCGAAGAAACGAAAACAACCCCCGCCAAGCUGCCAGGCAUCAUCCAGAGGCGCCGAAAACCAGAGGCGGGCGGAUUGACAUCGGCGGCCAUGGUGUUGUGGGGUGCGCGGCCUUUGCGGCCGCGCUUUCUUGGUUGCGUCGGCGCCGCGCCCGCCCAAGUAGCGCGGCCCGUGAGUGUGCCCGCCCGGGCGAUCAUGAUGGUGGUUCGUGCCCCGGCGGAAGCGGUUGGGGGUUCCUUUCUUUUUGCCGCCCACCCUCGUCGCACGCACACGGGUGUGUAGGGGCGCAGGUAGUGUGUAAAGCAAAAGCUUCUGUGCCCCGCCUCUGCUCUGGCCAAAAGCCUGGCCCCCGCGCCCGCGCGCGGGUUGAUUGCCCAGAGGGUGGCGCCCUCGAAUGUGGUGGUGGCGCGCGCGGAGACUUCGAUCUGUCUGCGGCCCGUUGGGCUAGCGGGUGGGCAGCGGAAUGCCGGUUGCGCACCCAGUGGCGUUUCUUCCGAGAGCGGGUAUUAUGUUGAAGUGAGUAUUCUAUCC